GACGACGACGACGUGAACGCUGCGCCGUGCUGGAAUAAGUUCCGAAUUUCGCUCUCCAUCUCUAUUACAACACCGCUGGCAAGAUGGCUCUUAGCGACGCAGAUGUCCAGAAACAGAUCAAGCACAUGAUGGCUUUCAUCGAGCAGGAAGCCAACGAAAAGGCAGAGGAAAUCGAUGCAAAAGCUGAGGAAGAGUUCAACAUCGAAAAAGGCCGUCUAGUGCAGCAACAACGCCUGAAGAUCAUGGAAUACUACGAAAAGAAGGAAAAGCAAGUCGAGCUGCAGAAGAAGAUUCAAUCCUCGAACAUGCUUAACCAGGCUCGUUUGAAGGUGUUGAAGGUUCGUGAAGACCAUGUUUCCAGCGUACUCGAUGAGUGCCGUCGUCGUCUCGGCGAAGUUACGAAGGAUUCUGCUCGCUACGGCGAGAUUCUGACCGCGCUUAUCACUCAGGGAUUGCUUCAGCUGAUGGAAUCCAACGUCCUCAUCCGAGGCCGUCAGGUAGAUGCUCAAAUCAUCCAGAACGUGCUGCCGGCGGCUGUGGAAUCGUACAAAUCAAAGUGCAAACGGGAUGUAGUGGUCACAUUGGACACAGAAUCCUUCCUACCGGCUGAUACGACUGGCGGGGUUGACCUUUUGGCUCAAUCCGGGCGCAUUAAGGUUUCCAAUACCCUGGAGUCGCGGUUGGAGCUAAUUGCCCAGCAACUGGUACCGGAGAUCCGUAACGCCCUGUUCGGUCGUAACAUGAACCGCAAGUUCAACGACUAAGAACUUCGGUUCUGUUAACUUGUUGCUUCCAAAUAGCAAAAAUAAUGUCGUCAUCAUUUUUAUUAACAUCGCGCCGUCCUACAGAUGAUGACGGCUAGUAGAACGGCACAUAAACGCACGUAAAACACUAUCCAUUUUUACAUAUGCAUAAAUGUUUCCAAAAGCGGCAUCUCGCUUGCUAUGAGUUUGUUUACAGAAUCAUUGAAAAAUCACAAACAGAUCGUAAUGUUCAGUCGUUGGGAUUGCGGCCCAGUCGACGAAAAAACUUGUCAUCAAAAGUUUUCACCACAUUGAUUUGCCAACUAGGAACAGACAGAUUAUUGUGACGCCCUAGCAUUUUCAGGUGUGACGUUUUCCUCCUUUCUAUUCAGGGAAGUAUGUUCGUUGAUUCAUGUGCUUGUUUAUUGCUGACGCCUGAUAAUAUCUUGGCUUUGUCAGUUGUUCUAUCCAAUCUGAACAUUGACGUAAUAUUUGAACUUAACGAAUAGGGUCUGAUCGAUAACGUACGAAUUCCAUUUUGAAUUCCUUGAAUCCUAGUAGGCCAGCAAUGUGAGCCAAUUAACUGUUGAAUAUUUUCCACAUGUAAUGUAACACGCAUUAUUCUCUUUAUAUCUUUUACCCCCUUUGGUACACACGCUAAUGCAGAAUCGUAGUAUCUAAGUUUUAGCGGAAACAUCGUUCACGGAAAAGAUUGUUGCUACAUAUUAUAAUUGUUUUAAUUGAUGUUUAUUUGUUUAUUUCCUUUUGAUCACGUAUGUGCUAACACUUGGUAACUUAAAGAGCUUACAAAGUAAAUCUUUCACCUAGUCUUGUGUUCCCGGCCAGUCGCACUUACUCGUGAAAAAAAGGACCUCAGCUUUCGUUGAGCUCUGGUCUAGAGUUAUUUGCAAGUGUUAGUGUGAAUUGUCGGUAAUGCGGGAGUGCAUACAGUGAAUGUUGCAGAUAGAGCGGAUGGAGCUAUGUAUGUUGCAUAUAUUUUUCUUACAACAAAUAUAUUUUCCCCAUUUUAGGCUGUUAAGUAACUACCGACCGUCGUCGCUUCAUUUUGUAGGUUUUGAGAUGUAUACAUUUGGCAUCGUUCCCGUUUGGUCGGCUCGCAUGAUGCUGCAUGUUUCGAAAUGUGCUCUAAAACAUGUAAAUGUAGAAUGCUGCUCACACAGGAGAAAUAAUCGAAAAAGUACAUUCCUUUAGCAAAUAUUAGCAUUGAUUAAUGCGAUUGUUUCUAUAGUCGAUUACAACACCACCGUGUCGUUACAGACCUGUUACUGUUCUAAAGUUCUCUCUCAUAAAACAUCUAACGGUCAUGGUUUCGGUAGAACAUCCAUCUCUGCUCUGUUGAAGUAUGUUUGAAAAGUAAUUUAACCCUUAAAAAUCAUCUAGGGUAGUUUGCUUCGGAAGCAUUACAUAUUCAUCUAUGCCACAGCAUCUUGCUUUAUGAACAUCAAAAUCUAACUCCUAAGUUCCAUAUUUUGCUGAUCAUCGAAGCAAUGGUAUAGAAACCAGUGUGUAAUGCAAUCGAAUUGCAACGAAUAAGCAGGAAAACAAGAAAACAUAAACAUAGGUGUGCAAACAAACGUUUUGUAUAGUGUGAGUGUGUGUAGUGAGGCAAAUGAUGUUGUCUUAUAGAUUUGAUCAUUUUUUCAUUGUAGCAAUUGGUAGUGCAGCAGGUGUUUCGAUUUCAGAUAGUUGCACAUUCUUAUUCUAAAGCCUGAAAAUCUCGGCUAUAGUUGAAAUAAUAACGGAUACGAGCCAAAAGUUUACAUCAUCACUAAUCUGCAAAUUUGGGCAACACGUUCUUAAAAACAUAAAAAUAUAUGUAUAUUGGAAGAAAAAUAGACCUUAACAUAGUGGAACAAAUAGAAGCAAAAAAAAAAUAAAAAUAUAAAAAAAAACCAGAAAGUAUAUAUAUAUAUAUAUAUAAAUAUAGAUAUGAUUAGAUAUUGUUGUAAACGACGAGUAACGAAACAUAG